AUGGAGAUAAUGGAUCAUUUAGAAGUUAGAACGCCCCAAAAACAACAAACACAGAGCAAAACAGAGUGAUUUAAGAGAGAGAGAGAUUUGCUGAAGAGUAUUAUUAAAGCUCGAGUUCGAGAGAGAGAGAGAGAAAAUACACGUGGUGGAUUGUUAUUGGACAGCCGUCAUUGGCGUUUUGUGUUACGAUCCGUCCAAGCUUCUGUAUCAGUUAUUGCCCACAAAGAUUAACCCGGUUUU